AGAAAGUGGAAAGGAAACCAGGGAACAAUAGAUUGGUGAGCCUGAUGUGUGGGUAAGUUGUUUGAAGGGAUUUUGAAGGAAAGAAUGUAUAUGUAUUUGGAAAACCGAAGACUGAUUAGGGAUAGUCAACAUGGCUUUGUGCAUGGGAAAUCAUGUCUCGCGAAGAAGAUUUAUGAAGGCAGAUUGGUGGAUGUAGUCUACAUGGACUUCAGUAAAGGUCUGACAAGGAGAUGCAUGGUAGACUUGUUAGCAAAGUUACAUCAGGGAGAACCAGCCAUUUGGAUACAAAGAUAGCAGGAACUGCAGAUGCUGAAGAAGAUCAUUUCUGAAGAAGGUUCUAGGCCCGAAACAUCAACUUUCCUGCUCCUCUGCUGCUGUUUGGCCUGCUGUGUUCAUCCAGCUCUGCACCUUGUUAUCACAUUUGGAUACAAAAUUGGCUCAAAGGUAGGGGACAGUUGGUGACAGUGGACAGUUGGUUUUCAGACUGAUCGAUGAUCAGUGAUGUGCAGCAAAGAUCGGUGCUGGGUCCAUUGCUUUAUGUCAUUUAUAUAAAUGAUUUGGAUGUGAAUAUAGCAGGUAUGGUUAGUAAGUUUGCACAUGACACUAAAAUUGGUGAUGUAAUCGACAGUGAAAAAGUUUACCUCAGAGUACAACAGGACAUUGAUCAAGCAGGCAGUUAAUGCUAGGGUCCUGGAGAGUGUUGCUGAACAAAGAAACCAAGGGGUGUUGGUGCAUAAUUCUUUGAAAAUGGAGCUGCAGUUAGAGUGGUGAAGAAGGCAUUUGGCACGCUUGUCUUUAUUGGUCAAAACGUUGAGUAUAGGCAUCGGGACAUCGUGUUGCGGUCACUUUUAGAAUAUUGCAUACAAUUCUGCUUGCCCUCCUAUAGGAAAGAUGUUAAACUUGAUAGAUGUGGAAAAGAUUUGCAAGGAUAUUGCUGGGACUGGAGGUUUUGAUGUCUAGGGAGAGGCUGAAUAGGCUGGGGUUUUCUUCCCUGGAGAGUCAGAGGCUGUAUGGAAUGAGUUGCCAAAGGAAAUGGUUGAGGUGGAUGCAAUUACAACAUUUAAAAGGCACCUGGAUGGGAAUAUGAAUAGGAAGACUUUAGAGGGAUAUGGGCCACAUACUGGCAAAUGGGACUAGCUCAGGGUGGGGUGUCUGGUCGCCACAAACUAGUUGGACUGAAGGGUCUGUUUCCAUGCUGUAUGACUCUAUGAUUCUAAAUGCAGAUAAAGCUAAGAGGUAAUUUCAUACCAGAGGUGCCACAUUGAAAAUCAUUUUUAUGCAAUAAAUAGCAUUUUCAAAUACAAUGCAUGAUAAGGGGGCAGAUAUAGUUCAAAUAGGAGCCUUCAAACAGCAGUUGGAUAAGCACUUUAAGAAGAAAGGAAAUUUCAGGAAUAUGGAGAAACAACAGCCAUAGGACAAACAGGGUUGUCUUCGUUAAGGGCCGGUGCAGGGCUGAAUGGCAGCUUCUAAUUCUAUGAUUUGAUGAAUUUCAAAUUUUAUUUUACUGUUACUACAAGUACAUUUCAAAGAUAACUCUAGUAGUUAUUUCUACAAUAUUAUUAAAAGCCAUAUGAAGAGCAAAGUUUUUGUUUAAAAUAAAAAACACUGACUUUAACUGAAUAAUACAAAGGAGAACAGAGUAAUUAAUACUUAAUAUUGGCACAGACAACUAUUUCAGGGUAUCAGUGUUGUACGUAUCUGGUCUUUUGGCUGCUAUUGCAGGAGAUUGCUGUAUUACUGCUGAUCAGAUGGUGUUGGGAUUAUGAAGGAUUUAGCUCAAAUGGAACAGAUUUCUCUACUAGCUAUGUCUCUGUAUUCUUCUCUGCCUCAUAAUAUCAGUCAGAAUCUGACUAAUUUCACUGGACCUCUUUUCAUCAGCAAUAAAACUCAAGACUGUGGCAAUGGACAUAACAUUAUUUCAGCUAAUGAGAUGGUGUCCAGCUUACCUUUCCAGAUGACACUGUAUUUCAAUGUCGUCUUCUUUCCAUUCUGGUGGACAUCAGAAGUGACCAUGCUUCAACUUAAGUAUAGCUUAUUACCAGAAUACUACCAGUGGCUGCUUUUGAUGGUUGUGAUAAUUCUCGCAUUAAUUGAAUGUGUCCGACUUUUUCUGGGAUACGUGGGAAAUUUGCAGGAAAAGCUGCCAGAGUUGGCUGGAUUUUGGUUGCUAUCCUUUACAAUCCAGCUACCUAUUAUUCUGUUCCUCCUCACUGAUCAGUCUGUCAUCAUUUUACCCCUGGAGCAGACUGUUCAUAUUCUCUACUUCACUUUCCUGGUUUUUGAAUUGGUUGUGGGAUUCCAGGCCCUAAGACAAAUGACAAACCACUUUGCUACGCGCUUCUGCCUCCAGCAGUUUCAAAAGCCAGAACAUUCACAACAGUGCAAAAGGAAACAAGGAACAGGUAUUCGACAUGGGAAGAACUCUGUUUCCAAUGUUUAAUGAAGCAAGGACUUCCAUGUGUACCGAAGCUCCUAACCAUGUUAAAGCAUGCAAGUCGCUACAUUAUUUCUGUGAACUUAUCCCAUUGUAAAUGCUAAGACCUCUGUUCUGUUGUUGUGAGGUGACAGCUGUGUUAAAGAAUUGAUGUUUGCUUCAGCAUAAUUCAGACAUUGAGUAGGACUUAGGAACGCUUCAAAUAUUUAUGUGUUCUACCGACAGGAAACUGACACAAUACUCUUAUUUAAAAUAAUGUCAAUCUUUGUGAAAAUUGAGUUGCUUGUGUUGUUUGUGUAUGGCUGUACUUAUUGCAUGUUGAAAACAUUUUUUUUUCAGUUCCCUAACAAAAA